AUGGCGUCCCUCUGGGUCCUAGGCGUCUUUUACAUCGUUUGGCUCAUCAGGGAUCUCUUCUGGUUGCCUUUUGGUCCGUCGGGAACGGACUCUUUUACUGGAGAUGCGGCAAAAGACUUCUUUGCUCAUUACACGGGUCGCCAGGAGUGUGGCUUCUCAUCAGUUGAUGUCUACAACCCACCAGAGGGCAAGGCAUACUGCCGGACUCGUGACUCAUUGCUCAGUGCCAUGAGCAACGGAGGACGGCAUGGCUUCGAUGCUGCCUAUACAUCACAAGGCUGCGUAUACCGUUGGUACACUAGCUCCCAGAUUUGUGAUAUACUGCAGAGAUUCGACGGAAUCGUGUUUAUUGGCGACGAAUCCCUGGCUGGCGCGUAUGCUGGAUUCAAUAUUCUCCUUCGAGAAAAUCUUCCUUCAGGCUCCCUGCGCGAUUGGGAGAUGAGCAAUGAGUACAUCACCCAAUGUAAAUGUGACUCGCAGCUCAACAACCCGUCCUGCUGGCCGAAGCGAAUCAGAUCUAGCGAAGAGGUCUUCUCUCAGAGCGACAAAUCGACAUCUCGAAGUUCUUAUGCCUGCUCAAAGCACGUUCCACACGCUUUUGUACAAGUAGUCGACUCUCCUUCCUCGAUGAGCUCUCGCGAAAAAGUCCAAAAACUGCUGUCCCUAGCCGAUGGCCAAAAGAAGCCUGUCCCUGUGAUUCACAGCGUUUCGCUCUCCGCGUCCUUCUCCCUGCCCAUAGCCAAGAACAGCAUGGAUGAAUGGCUAGCCCUUGCAAAGACCACUAACCGAAACACCCCUUUUCUCUGGAUAGGUCCUACGGCCGCCGGCCAUCAAAGGCCUACCACCGCCAACAACAUUCCUGCCAACAGCGCGGUAUGGCAGUAUGCCCUGGAUACUACCGGUGCAGCUCGGAGUAGAGGCAUGGAUGUCCUGGGCAUGUAUAAUGCUACUUUGCAAGCGGCUAGCUGGGAUGGCAAACAUUAUGGAGAGAAGGUGGCGCUGAUGCAAGCGAUGAUGGUAACCUCUUACACCCCACAAAGGUUGCCGUGA